UAACAAAGUUCGUCAAGUUUUACUGAAGUGUCAAACGAACUCUCUUUUCCGGUUCUUUUCGGUACAAAAACAACAGCAAGAUGAAGAUUGGUAUGUGUCAUUUUAGCGGGUACAAAAUCUACCCGGGACAUGGAAAGACCAUGGUCAAAGUCGAUGGAAAGGUUUUCACUUUCCUCGACAAGAAGUGUGAGCGUUCCUACUUGCUGAAGCGCAACCCGCGUAAGGUAACAUGGACCGUCCUGUACAGACGUAAACACAAGAAGGGUAUUGAGGAGGAGGCCCAAAAGAAGCGCACCCGCCGCACACAGAAAUUCCAGCGAGCCAUUGUCGGCGCCUCUCUUGCUGAAAUCAUGGCCAAGCGUAACAUGAAGCCUGAAGUGCGAAAGGCCCAACGCGACCAAGCUAUCAAAGUCGCCAAGGAGCAGAAGCGACAACAGAAGGCCGCCAAGAAGGCAACCGCCCCACCACCGGCCAAGGCGAAACAACCGGCCAAACAGAAGGCCGCCAAGAACGUUCAAAAGGCCGCUCCUCGUGUCGGUGGAAAACGAUAAACAAAUUGAUGUGUUUUGUUUUUAAUUUAAGAUAAUACACGCGAAAAACAUCUCAUGUGGAA